CACUAAUCAGUAUUCCUUGAAAAAAUUCUAGCCACAAAUCUACCAUAUUGCACUGUGAAUUUUUCUGUUAAAAUCAAGGAUCAUCAUGGAUUCAGUGCACACAGGACAUUGAGAGCAUGGCUGAGGCAGAAAGCAAAGAGAAGAGCAGUAGGUGGUCUCUGCAAAACACAACAGCUCUAGUCACUGGCGGAACCAAGGGAAUCGGGUAUGCCAUUGUGGAGGAAUUGGCAGCCUUUGGAGCCAGAGUACAUACCUGCUCUCGAAACGAGACUCAACUUAACGAUUGCUUAAAUGAAUGGAAGAAGAAGGGAUUUAAUGUCACUGGUUCAGUCUGUGACGUAUCUUCUAAAGCUGAACGAGAAAAGCUAAUCGAAACAAUCUCUUCCCUUUUCGGUGGAAAACUCAACAUACUUAUAAACAAUGUAGGAACAACCACCUGGAAGCCAACAUUGGAAUACACAGCUGAAGAUUUCUCAUUUCUAAUGAAAACCAACUUCGAGUCAGCUUUUCAUCUUAGCCAACUAUCACACCCUCUUUUGAAAGCUUCUGGAGAAGGAAACAUUGUUUUCAUAUCUUCUAUUGCAGCUGUCACUUCAUUCGAUGGCAUCACCAUUUAUGCCGCAGCAAAGGCGGCAUUGAACCAAUUGACGAAGAAUCUGGCCUGUGAGUGGGCGAGGGACGGGAUAAGGACUAACUGUGUCGCGCCUGGAGUCACCAAGACCCCUCUUGCUGAGCCUUUACUCAAGAACGAGGAGUUUGUAACGGGUUUUUGUGCCCAGACUCCAAUAGGACGCCUAGCAGAGCCAGAGGAGGUGUCCCCUCUUGUUGCAUUUUUAUGCCUGCCGGUAGCCUCUUACAUUACCGGCCAGACAAUUUGUGUGGAUGGAGGAGCAACCGUGAAUGGCUUCUCUGCCUUGCAAGUCUCUUGAGUUAGAAAAGCUCAAAAAAACUAUCAACUAGAUGAGUACUGCCCAAGAAUAACUUUUCUGUAUAAAACUAAAAUAAGAAGAUCUUAUAAUCAGACUCAAUUGCCUGAGACAUUGCAAUUGGAUCCAAUUCAACUUGUAUUGUCAUAUCUCUAUCUCUAUGGAGUCGACCAAGUGUUUUAAUUUGCAACCUUAAUUAUAGUAGUAGUAAUUUUUGAAUAGAAAGAGAAUAAACAGAGAUAUCUAAU